UGAAUUAUUUUCGUUUCGGUAUUUAUAAACGAGUACGUGAUGUACCUAGGUUAUUAAAUAGGACGAGAUAAGCCCUGGGUAUAAUAAAGUAGGACGGCGAUAAGUAGUCAUAACCAGGCCAAGUUGACAGGUAAACAAGCUAACAGGUUAACAUUUCCAAGAUGUUGAGUCUGAUAGGUUCAUUGGAUUUGACGUCACUGGUUCCCAGUACGUAUCGUGCUUCAACAUCACUUGUGCUGCAGACGACAUUGCUGAUUGGCGCCAUUUUUGCGAUCUUCAAAUUAAUUUCUUUCAUCCGAUAUCGUAGACAAGUCGAGAGGAUAUUCGGAGAUCUUCCAGGACCAAAAGAACGCAACUGGCUCUAUGGAAGUUUUGUAGAUAUGCGAACACUUGACCCACAACAAAGACUGUAUAAAUUUCUUGAAUGGGGGAACAAGUUUUCUAAAGAGAGGGGUUAUGUUCGAAUAUGGGGAGCCUUAGGUCGUCCUGCAAUCAUUGCUUGUCAUCCAUCAAGCAUGAAGAGAAUUCUAAAAACAGCAGAACCAAAACCUAUGAACUUAACUAGCGGUUACAGAACAUUAAAGGACUGGCUCGGGGAUGGAUUAUUGAUCUCUGGAGGAGAUAAAUGGGCACGAAACCGAAGACUGCUAACACCUGCCUUCCACUUCGAUAUUCUCAAACCGUACAUUGAUGUUUACAACGACUCAGCAAAUGUCUUAAUCGAGAAAUUGGGAAAGUUUGCAGACGAGAAAACGGAGUUUGAUGUAUUUCAACAGAUUUGCAUGUGUACACUGGACAUCAUUUUAAGAUGUGCGUUCUCGUAUGAAAUUGACGUGCAGCGGAGCGGAGAGACUCAUCCAUAUGUACAAGCAGUGAAUGACUUGGCUACCUUGAAUUCGCAGCGUCUCAGAAAUCCUUUUAUGGCACCUGAUAUUAUCUUCUACAGAACAAAGAUGGGGAAAAAGUAUAAACAAGAUUGUGAUUUUGUUCAUGGUGUCGCAGAAGACAUUAUAAACAAACGAAGGAGCACUUUGGAAAAGCUGGGAGAAUUAAAACCGAAAAAGUACCUUGAUUUUAUGGAUAUUUUACUCACGGCCAAGGACGAAAAUGGAACAGGUCUGUCUGAUAUGGAUAUAAGAAACGAAGUCGACACGUUCUUAUUUGAAGGUCACGAUACUACAGCUAGCGCCAUCUCGUGGAUUUUAUAUUCUCUUGCCAAACAUCCGGAAUAUCAGGAAAAAUGUCAGGAAGAAAUUGAUGAGUUGUUAAGUGGUAGAGAAUCAGACGAUAUCAAAUGGUCGGACUUGCCACAUCUAGAGUAUUUAUCUAUGUGUAUAAAGGAAGGGAUGAGACUUCACUGCCCUGUUGCCAUAGUCGGCCGUCAAACAACGAAACCAUUUGAUCUAGGGGAUACCGUGGUGCCAGCAGGAACUUCUGUUAUUAUUAACAUAUUGAUGUUACAUCAUAACGAACAUGUGUGGGGAAAAGAUCAUAUGGAAUUUAAACCUGAACGAUUCACUAAAGAUAAUGUUGCAAAGAUGGACCCAUACCAGUUUGUUCCUUUUUCUGGUGGUCCAAGGAACUGUAUUGGUCAAAAUUUUGCGAUGAACGAGGAGAAAGUAGUUCUAGCGAAACUUCUGUAUAAUUUCAAGUUCAGCCUAAACCCGGAUCAUGAAGUAAAAUGGCGAUUGUCAGCGGUGAUGAGGUCACAGGAUGGAAUAUUAACUAAUGUUCAAAGAAGACAACACUAACCAGAAUCUAAAAUUGGAAUGACCACCGUGUAUUUCUAUUUACAAAACUUCUUCAAUGUGUUUGUUUGCCAUAGAAUGUUCUUUUAUCGUAUUUGACUAAUGCGUUUCAUUUUUAUUGAUGAUACAUUGGUACACAUAUCCUGAUGAUAAUACGAACUAUACGUUAUUAGAAUCGAAUAGUAUUUCAAUUUCAAUAUUAUAAGCAGAAUCCAUUCCAAGAAAAGCCCAUGUAAAUUUGUGAAAUUCACGUCAUAAUAUUAACUAGCUUAUUCUUAAAAGCGUGUACCCCAUGCUAUUUUUAGCUCGACUAUUCGAUAAGAAUAAGUAGAGCUAUUGCAGUCACCCGAGCGUCGGCGUCGGCGUCGGCGUAACCACUUAUGUUAAAGUUUUUGUAAUAGUUCAAAUAUUUUCAAAGUCCAUAGACAUAUGGCUUUGAAACUUUGCACACUUGUGCACCAUCAUAACCCCAACCUGUAGACAGGAGGAGAUAACUCUAUCAAGCAUUUUGACAGAAUUAUGCCCCUUUUUCGACUUAGAAUUUACGUUAAAGUUUUUGUAAUAGUUCAAAUAUUUUCAAAGUCCAUUGACAUAUGGCUUUGAAACUUUGCACACUUGUUCAACAUCAUGACCCCAACCUGUAAACAGGAGGAGGUAACUCUAUCAAGCAUUUUGACAGAAUUAUGCCCCUUUUUCGACUUAGAAUUUACGUUAAAGUUUUUGUAAUAGUUCAAAUAUUUUCAAAGUCCAUUGACAUAUGGCUUUGAAACUUUACACACUUGUUCACCAUCAUGAUCCCAACCUGGAAACAGGAGGAGGUAACUCUAUCAAGCAUUUUGACAGAAUUAUGCCCCUUUUUCGACUUAGAAUUUACGUUAAAGUUUUUGUAAUAGUUCAAAUAUUUUCAAAGUCCAUUGACAUAUGGCUUUGAAACUUUGCACACUUGUUCACCAUCAUGACCCCAACCUGUAAACAGGAGGAGGUAACUAUAUCAUGCAUUUUGACAGAAUUAUGCCCCUUUUUCGACUUAGAAUUUACGUUAAAGUUUUUGUAAUAGUUCAAAUAUUUCCAAAGUCCAUUGACAUAUGGCUUUGAAACUUUGCACACUUGUUCACCAUCAUGACCCCAACCUGUAGACAGGAGGAGGUAACUCUAUCAAGCAUUUUUUUACUAUCAAGCAAUAAGAAUAGUCGAUUGUUGCUGUCCUACCGACAGCUCUUGUUAUCUUUAAAACAGUAAUAAAGUAUUCUAAAUAAAUAUUUAUAUUGCAAUUGAUAGUACAUGAUAUUUGUACAGAAAAUCUUACAAUAUUGUAAUCAUCAGAUGAUAUGAAUCUCUUUUUCAGGAAAUUACGUUUCAUAUUAUUUGUAUUGUUCAUUUUUAUAUAUUCAGAAUUUCUUUAUUUUGAUUGUCAUUUAUGUCAGUCUGACACUUAGUAAUUAUAUCAUAUAGAAAAAUACUUGUAUUUCUAAAUAAUCUUUUAUAAAUUAUUUGAUGAUACUUGUUUUUCAUAUUUGUAAAGUUAUACAAGUAAUAAAAAGUGCCUACUAUGAAAAGGUAUUAGGCUAUAUCUUUAUUAGAUUUUUUUGUUUUAUAAAAUUAAUCAACAGUAAAAUUAUACAACUUUCAUUAAAAUAAACAGAUACCUUAGAUUUUUCAGUAAGUACAUUUUUUGUUGCUUUUCUUAAUAGUUGCAUAAUAGGUUUUAAUAAAAUGGAAGAUGUUUGUUUUACAUUGCAUGUUAUUUAGUUUAUGUUUAGAUAUCUGAUUGCAAUUUCAUAUCAUAAAACAACAAUCAUUUGAAUAUGAUGUUUUAUCGGUUACUAGUAUGUAUUUGAAAACAUAUUUCAUUGUGCAUAAAAUGCCAUUUACUAUCCAAUAAGUUUUUAGUAUCUUAAAAUUUAAAAUAUUAUAAAAAAUAUAAUAUUUAAUUCAUGCAUGAAACAAAUUGAACAGAAUGUAAAUGUAUAUUGUUAGAGGUCGGUUGUAUAUAAUACAGGAAAAUACAAUAAUGACCGAAAAGAAACUUCGAUCUAUUAUCAAUACGGUACGUUAGUUCCUUAUGAAUAUAUAAUGUUUGCUUGAGAAGUAGAUGUUAUGUAGUGAAAUGGAUGUUAUAAGUGUACAUAUAUACACUUAAAUACGAAUGAUAAAACCAUCAA